CCACGGAGUGGCGUUACGCCUGCGUUCUUCUGGAUGCGAUGCCCAGGAUGAAUGUGAAGCGUAACAUAUUUGCCUACAAUGCAACCAUAAGUGCUUGCGAGAAGGGUGGUCAAUGGCAGCAGGCGGUGAAUUUCUUUGAAGCGAUGUGGACCGAACACAUUGUGCCUGACAUUGUAAGCUAUAAUACCAUCAUCAGUGCAUAUUGCAAGGGAGGUCAAUGGCAACAGGCUUUGACUUUCUUUGAAACGAUGCCGGAAGCAGUUGAGGUGGAUCUGAUUAGCUACAACACUGUGAUCAAUGCUUGUGCCAAGGCUGCUGAAUGGCAGCAAGCGUUGAGUCUGUUUGCGGCAAUCAGCCAGAACGACUUUACACCUGACGUCAUAAGCUACAAUGCCACCAUGAGUGCAUUUGAGAAGGGAGGUCAAUUGUAUCAAGCGUGGAGCAUGUUCCAUGCAAUGGCGCAAGCAGAUGUUCAACCCAAUACCAUCAGUCACAACGCCUUUAUCAGUGCGUGUGAGAAAUCUUCCGCAUGGCAGAAUGCCAUGAGUGUGUUUGAUGCCAUGCCAACGAGCCGGCUUCGGCGUGACGUCAUCACGUUCAACGCUGCCAUCAGCGCUAAUGAGAAGGGAGGUCAAUGGCAGCGAGCAGUUGCACUAUUCCAAGAGAUGCCGCAGCAGAAGAUCCAGCGUGACACUGUGACCUACAAUGCAACCAUCAGUGCCUGCCAAAAGGGUAGCGAAUGGCAUAGAGCCGUAAAUUUAUUUGAACGGAUGCCAGAGCAAAGUGUUCCACGCGACACCAUCAGCUACAAUGCAACGAUUAGUGCUUGCGACGGUCAGUGGGAGUCUGCCUUAAGGCUAUUUCACGCCCUGCUCGAAGACGCAGUUGAACCAAACGUUUUGAGUUUCAGUGCCACCAUCAGUGCUUGUGAGAAGGCAGGUCGCUGGCAACAGGCUCUGUUUUUUCUGUUUCAAGCUAUGCCCAGUGCCAGCAUUCAAGUGAACGUGGUCAGCGGCAACGCGGCAAUCAGCGCAUGUGAAAAAGCUUCACAGUGGGGGCAGGCCAUAGAACUCUUGAAGUCGUUGUCGAGGAUCAAAGUGGUGAUGGAUGCCAUCAGUUACAAUGCAACCAUCAGUGCCUGUGAGAAAUCGGGCCGCUGGCAGCAGGCUUUGAGGCUAUUCUACGAUAUGCAGAAGGAUGACAUUCAACGGAGCAUCAUUAGUUUCAAUGCAACCAUCAGCGCUUGCGAGAAGCAGGGUGAAUGGGAACUGGCGUUAGAACUCUUUGAGUUCAUUUUAUCAUCAAAAGUGGCUGAUGCAGAUAUCUUCAGCUACACUUCAGCAAUCAGUGCGUGCGAGAAGGGAGGUCAAUGGCAGCAGGCACUCAAUUUCUUUGUCAGGAUGACUCUGGCAAAACUCCAGCCGCAACUUGUGAGCUACAAUGCAACCAUCAGUGCUUGUGGAAGAUCUGCUCAGUGGCAGCGAGUCAUGAAUUUGUUUCAGAGGAUGUAUCGGGCAGUGCUGGUUCCGGACAGCAUCACCAGAAACGCUGUCAUCAGUUCCUGUGAGAAAAGCGGUCAGUGGAAUCUUCGGAAGCUGCUCCAGACCUGCCAGAUGCCAUGAUGCCAUGACAGCAGAUGGCGGCUCAACUUUGGUGUGUCGGUCUGGGAAAAAACAGAUCUAGACACUUUUUUUUUACCUGCAAGAAGUGGGUAAGAGUAGUAUAUAACAUGUUUAGUAAACUAUGUAAACUAACAGCAAUCUUGAGGUUCCAGACAGUCGAGACUUGGUGGCUGGCCAGACAGCGAUGUCUCUAGGUGGAAUUUGCUGAGG